AGGCCCGGUGGCGUUUCCGCCUGCCAGUGUAGUCAUGGCGUCGUCCCUGGGAGGCAUGUUCACCGGGCAGCUUCCAGGUCCUCCUCCGCCGCCGCCCGGGCUCCCAGGCCAGGCGUCGCUUCUGCAAGCAACCCCUGGGGCCCCGAGACCAUCUAAUAGCACUUUGGUGGACGAGUUGGAGUCAUCAUUCGAGGCUUGCUUUGCUUCCCUUGUGAGUCAGGAUUAUGUCAAUGGGACUGAUCAGGAAGAAAUUCGAACUGGUGUUGAUCAGUGUAUCCAGAAGUUUUUGGACAUUGCAAGACAGACAGAAUGUUUUUUCUUACAAAAAAGGUUGCAGUUGUCUGUCCAGAAACCAGACCAAGUUAUCAAAGAGGAUGUCUCAGAACUAAGGAGUGAAUUGCAGCGGAAAGAUGCGCUGGUUCAGAAGCACUUGACAAAGCUGAGGCAUUGGCAGCAGGUACUGGAGGACAUCAAUGUGCAGCACAAGAAGCCAGCUGACAUGCCUCAGGGCUCCUUGGCCUACCUCGAGCAGGCGUCUGCCAACAUUCCUGCACCUCUGAAGCAGACCUAAGCAUUCCUGCCUGUGGUGCAGCCCUGCAGUCUUGCCAGACACCUUUCCUAACAGACCUGGCAUAUUGGAAGGACAAUGUUGGAUAAUGAGUUGGUAUUUGUUUAUGUCCCUAUUUAUAAGGUAGGGUUUCAGUGUGAAGCCCGAAUGGGCCUUGAACCUGUGAUCCCCUGCCUCAGCUCCUCUAGUACUCUAAAUUCCUGAAUACUUUAUAAAAUACCUGUAUCUUUAAUAAAGUUUUGUUUUGUUUUUUGUU